GCGAGACUGGCUUUGGUGGUCAUGUUGCUGUCUUUGUUAUCGAUUGUUCCUAUUCUGUCUUUUCUUUGGGAGGCGUGUGAUUUUGCCGCCUUUCCUCAUGUCCCUUGAAGCUUUAGGCAGUAUUCUUGCAUCGAACAAGGCUAUGGUACACUUAGACAGCCCUAGCGGCUCAGGGCCCUCGCUGGAUUGUGGGUGGCACCAUGUCGACUUCGCUCUGCCGCUUUAGGAUGCGCUUGCAAGUGCACUUUCUGCACAUAAGAUUGUGCGGUGCAUUUCGAUCAGCUUCCCAAAUUGCACCCAGCUCAAUUGGUGACGAGAUUGAUCCUACCAGGCUGGUCGCAGUGCCCGAAGAACGCUUCCAAGAACUCGUGACGGCUGAAGUGGCGUACUUGGCCACUGUGCCUGUCAAGGCUGUUUCCAUGCGACAGAUUGUGACAUGGCGAGAUGCUCGUGACAUGGUGUCCAUCAUCCAAAGGGAGGUACCAAGGCGGUUUGCUCUCAGGAUUCGGCUGAUCGAAACAUUGGACGGCUGGCAGGCCAUCCCUGAACUCGUGAAAAUGCACCAGCGGCUGACAAGAUGGUACAGAGAUUUAGUAUUGCUCAACUACAGCGACCCUGAUAUGAAGGAGUUUGUUGGCACCUUCAAGUCUAUUCGGGAAGAAGGAAAGCAUACCAUUGCUCUCUCAGCAUCUGGCAUCUACAAGCUCCGGAAACGGCUGAACAAAUUUUCACAGCAGGAGACGAACUUUUUUGAUGACUGGCUAGAUGGCUUCUUGCUUUCGAGGACCAGGAUGGAUUACAAUGUGUGUAGAAGGUGUAUGGACACCUUUGGGUUUUAUGCAGUUGUGACCUGUCUCUCGGAAAGCCGUGGCCUGCUGAUUUUGAUACCAGAGAAAUCAACCAGACUUAGUGUACUCUGUGAAAUUACAAUAUAGACGGCAAUUCAACACGUACAGUACUACUGUAGCACGGCAAUGCGCAACAUAAUAUAUAGAAUAUUGUAGAACUCACAUGUUUGGUGGCACUGCUUGAAGGAUUGGAACCAACGCUUUGAUUGAUCAAUUUGUUGCCAUAGCAGCCAAAGAAGACGGAGGUUUGGGAAGACCAACCGGCAUUACGGAUCCACGUUGCAAUGCGUCCAACAUUUGUGAAUUUGCCGCCCAAAUCUCCUCAUACAUUUGCUACCAGCGAUUUGGAAGAGAGCCGAAGUACAUCGUCCAGGACUUUCAGGCUGGAAGAGUAGGACCGCAAGACAACUCCCCUUGCUAUUUCAGCCUGAUCCCCAGCUACUUGCGGUACAUCAUGUGCGAGCUAUUGAAGAACAGUUUCCGGGCAACGCUCCUCACAUCAUCAGAAGAUGACAUGAGCAAACGUCCAGUGCGCAUUCGGGUGUGUAGAGAUGUCCACACUGUUGCAAUCAUAGUCAGCGAUGAGGCUGGUGGGAUUCCCUUUGAAGUUGGGGACCAAAUCUGGUCUUACAUGUACGGCACCGCUGCAAAAAUUGGAACCAAACCAGAAGGCUUUGGAAAUCCCGAGAACUUGACCGGGUAUGGGGUUGGGCUUCCUUGUGCCCGCUUAUACGCGCGCUAUCUCGGCGGAAGGCUUUCGCUCACUUCCUAUCCUGGCUAUGGGACGCAAGCCCAUUUAAUGUUGCCGAGACUUGAUCCAAACGAAGUGCAAUGAAGAUCGAAGGCGAUGAAUGCAGGAGACCAUGUUGGCUCUGUGUGAAAGAACCAUGGAUAGUCACUGUGAAGCGCCUGGAGCAGACGGAGGUUUUAAACGAGGCAGCCUAAGGCAGCGACCGCAACACAUACGAGAGUGGGUCGGGCAUGGCGCGCAGAAAAACUUUACUUGGAAAGCAGGGGCUGACGAUAUCCUGUGCUGCGAGGGUAAGAUCUACGGUGGGGAUUGCAGCGGCAUUGCUAGGAGCCGUGAUACCAAGAUGCUUGCGCCGACCAGCUCAAUACGGUGAACAAAACUACGUUUGCAGUUCUGACAUCCCUGUGCUCGCCUUGUCCGUGUCCCUCGCAUCAAGCUAUGACUUCUUGUGCCUUCGAGUGCCUGCAGUGCGCAACAGGACCAAGCCAUACCAAGCCCAGACUUAGAGCAGUUGUAUAAUUGUCUUAUGUGGCGUGACAGGCAACUGGUCCGGGAGUCGCGCUGGCACGUGUAAAAAAAU